AUGUCACCUCCUUCUCAUACUUCGCCGCCACCAGACGGUGGAUACGGCUGGGUAUGCGUCGGCGCAUGUUUCUCGAUUAAUUGCUUCACUUGGGGUGCUUUCUCUUCCUACGGCGUGUACUUGGCACAUUACCUCGCCGAGAAUAUCUAUCCUGAAUCCACGCCUGUGGACUUCGCACUCAUAGGCGGACUAAACUUCUCUAUGGCGAUGUUGGUGGCGCCUGCUGUGACGAUCAUCGCUCGUAAAUACAACACCCAGCUACCCAUGUUGAUCGGGUUAGGGCUAUUAGCAGCAGGAUAUAUAUCCGCAUCGUUUUCCGAAAGGAUCUGGCAUCUAUACCUGUCACAAGGGAUUUUGAUUGGUUUCGGAGUUGGAUUCAUCUACGUCCCCAGCAUUGCAAUUCUGUCUCAGUGGUUUGACAAGCGAAGAAGUCUUGCUAAUGGGAUUAGCGCCGCUGGGUCCGGUAUUGGAGGCUUGAUAUUUUCGUUCAUGGACGGGUCAAUCAUACAGAGGAUGUCUGUGGCCUGGGCUCUGCGAUUUACAGCUAUUAUCAGUUGCUCGGUACUGCUCAUUGCCAUUCUACUCAUACGAAAUCGCAAUGAAGCUGUACGGCCGUCGCAGCGGGGCUUUGAUGUGAAGCUUCUACGUCGGCCGGACGUGCUUCUAUUGCUGUUAUGGGCGUUUCUCAGUAUGCUUGGUUAUAUCUCUCUGCUCUAUUCACUCCCGGAUUAUGCAGGCGCCAUUGGUCUCUCGAGUAAUCAAGCUACGGUUGUCAACGCGAUUUUGAACCUGGGAACUGCCGUUGGUCGGCCAUUGAUUGGUGUGGUCAGUGAUCGGUUUGGGAGGAUUCAGGUUGCCGGUCUCUUGACUUGCUUUUGUGGCAUUUCUUGUUUCAUCAUCUGGCUUCCCUCGGCUUCAUAUGGCGUCCUUAUUCUGUUCGCCCUUAUUAGCGGGGCGAUUCUGGGGGUUUUCUGGGUUACUAUAGGCCCAUUAUGUGUUGAGGUUGCUGGACUGGGGGAACUUCAAUCCUUGCUGUCUUUGUCUUGGUCUUUUAUUGUGCUCCCAACGACAUUUUCUGAAGUAAUAGCACUCAAGCUACGCCGCCCAUCGGCCCAGCAUCCAUAUCUAUAUACCCAGAUCUUUUGUGGCAUCUCUUACAUCUGUGCUAGUGUGGCUUUGCUUUUUCUCUGGUUGAUGAAACGGCGCAAAGUACAACCAGGGCGCUAA